AGACCAUCGAGGCCACUCUACAUGGGGCUCUGUUUUCAUACAGUGUGGCCUGGAGGAGCAUGCCAGACAGAACAGGUGUGUGCCAGUCAGCACCUGGCUCCCAAGAGACAAGGGACAGGAAGUGGCCAUGCCACCUGCCUUUCAUUUCAACACACUUGUCAGAUUGAGUCACUUCUCUCCAGGAGAGGAGCAAGGGAGAGGCAGAGGAGGCCAGAGCUAGCUUACAGGAGCUCUGUCCACGUGGCAGUAAGCAGGCUCUGCCUCCGGCCUUGGGAAGACAGGUGGGAGGACAGGAGCAGACCAUGGCCGCAGCAGUCCCUUCCACCUCCCCGUGGGCAAGGCCUGGGCUCAGAGGGAGGGCCGACGGUGAACUUGGACUUUUAGAUGGGACUGGACUCACUUUAUAAAAACUGGGGAAGGGAGAGGAUCUGUGAGAGGUCAGAGGAAGAUGGGUGCUGUGACAGCGCAUGGCUGAAGGCCAUUGUCACGGCUGAACUGUGUGCCCCAAAUUCCCAUGUUGUAGCCCUAACCCCCAGGACUCCAGAAUACGACUGCCUUUGGAGAGGGAGCCUGUAAAGAGCUGAUUAAGCUAACGUGAGGGUGGGCCCUGAGCCAGUCUGACUAGUGUGCUCAGAAGAGGAGGCGAUUAGGACACAGGUGGGCAGAAGGACGACCACGUGAGGACACAGGGAGAAGACGGCAUCUACAAGCCCAGGAGGGGGGCCUCAGGAGGCACCAGCCCUACGACACGUUGAUCUUGGACUUGCAGCCUCCGUGAUGGGAGACAAUAAAUUCCCGUUGUGGAAGCCGCCUGUCUGUGGUGCUUUGUCAGGCAGCCCAGCAAACUCACACACCUCAGGUGGGAAAAGCCCAUCUGGUGUGCACCCCCUGGAGCCCCAGGCUGUCCCGCACUUGGAGCACACGGCUCUAAGGGGAGCUUGGGCUAGGGGUGCAGAGACGGGGGACUGACCCCUCCUGGAGUAGGGGACAUCUAAAGCUAGACCCAGGAAUUCUCCAGGGACGUGGAGGUGACCAAGGCGGGCUCCGGGCAGCAGGCGAAGGUCAGGGAGAGAUGGGGAGGGAGGGCUGAGGCUGAGGGUCUCACGAGCCAGGUCACCUGGGGUGUGGAGUUUGAACUGGCGGUGGUGUGGGGCAGUGGAGAUCUCACAAGGCAGGGAGGGGUCGGAAGCUUUAGGAGGCUCAGUGGAGGGCGGCCUAGGCGGGGAGGGAAGGGGAGAGUGCAGGGGGCCAGAGUCGGGUGCAGUCCCAAGCCACUACCAAUCACCUCACUAUGGAUAUAGGUGCCUUGACCCAGGCGGCACUCCUGAACAGGGAGCAGCCACAGACAAGUGUGCAGGGAUGACACCGAGGCCGGCUGGGGGCAGGGGUUGGGGGGCUAGGAAUUCCAGGGUUCCCUGGGCAUUGAGAACCUUGGCCCGCCUCACAAUGGGCCGAGAUUCAGGGGACAAUCUGAGCUGCAGUUCUGCUGAGCAGACCCAGCACAGGGUGGGCGGCAGGUGCAGAGGGCCCCGGGAGGACCCUGCAGGCCGCCAUGAAGAUGCACAGUGAGGCAGAUAUGGACGAGCAGAUCCAGGAGAUGAAGACCAUCACUCGACUCCAGGAGCAAUGUCGGGCACUGCAGAUCCAGGCGGUAAAGGAGAAGACGAUCAAGAACAAGGCGACGCUGGCCCUCCUGCGCGGUAACAUUCGGCAUGGGGCCCAGGACUGGGCUCUGGCCAAGAAGUACGACCAGUGGACCAUCUCCAAGGCCUGCGGGAAGGACGAGCCCAUGAGGCUGGCGCACUGCCGCAGCACCAUGGAGGUGGCCCGGGAGAAGCUGCGUAAGUACGUCUUCGACCGCGUGAACGUGCACAACGUGCUGAUCCACCUGGUGCGGCGGCGCGGGCAGAAGCUCGAGAGCAUGCAGCUGGAGUUGGCUGGCCUGCAGAACCAGCCAGACGCCACCAAGGAGGAGCUGCGCUUGCUGCAGGUCAUCCGCCAGCUGGAGAACAACAUCGAAAAGACGAUGAUCAAGAUCACCACAAGCCAGAACAUCCACCAGCUGUACGUGAACCUGCUGGAUUAUCUGAAGAAAGAGCUGGCAGGAUACCCCACAGAGCUGGACAAGCUGCAGAAUCUUGUGUGUGACUACUGCUCGGAACUGUCAGAUAUGACAGUCAUGUCCCAAGAUGCCAUGAUGAUUACAGAUGAGGUCAAGAUGAACAUGAGGCAAGGGGAGGCGACCUUCAUUGAGGAGCGGCGGGCACGGGAGAACCGUCUCAACCAGCAGAAGAAGCUGAUUGACAAGAUCCACACCAAGGAGACCAGUGAGAGGUACCGCCGGGGCCGGCAGGACCUGGACUUCCCAUCCAAUAUAAUGAGCACAGAAACCCUGAAAGUGAGAAGAAGAGACACCUCCAAGGGUGAUAUCGAAUACCAGACGGACGUGACUGCUUUGGUGGAGAAAGUCAAGACCGCUGUGCGGUGCUCCCACCUCUGGGACAUCGCUGGCAGGUUCCUGGCUCAGAAGAACACGGAGGAUAACCUGGAGCUGCAGAUGGAGGACUGUGAGGAGAGGCGGGCACAGUUGGAGGCCUUGAUGAAGAAGCUGGAACUAGAGGAGGCCAUACUCAAGUUCCACCAGACACCCAGCUCCAUCAGCUUUAAGUCCAUUGAGAAGAAAAUGAGGGACAUGCUGAAGGAGGAGGAAGACAGGCUGCAGCUGGCUCAUGCCAGCAUGACCAAGAGCCAGAGGUUACUGCUGACCAUCCAGAUGGGCAUCGACAACCUCUACAUCCGGCUGAUUGGCAUUACCCUGCCCAGGGCCCAGAAAGAAGUGGUGCCCUUCAGCACCCUCGAUGUGAACAGCAAGCUGGCGUACUGCGAGGGAAAGCUCCUGUACCUGGCGGACAGAGUGCAGGUGUUGUCUAGGACUGAGGAGAUCAACACAAAGGUGAGGGACGCCCUGGAGUCCUCGACUCUGAAGGAGAGGCAGAACACCAGGAUCACCUUCGAGGGCCUGGAGGAGGAUAUGAUAGAAACCUUCCAGUUCGCCGACGUGGACCACAGCUACGUCCCCUCGCGGGCCGAGAUCAAGAGGCAGGCCCAGGGGCUGAUCGAGGGGAAGCUCAAGGCGGCCAAGAAGAAGAAGAAGUGACCCGGAGGAGGAGGAGGAGCCCCUUCCCCGUCCCCCCGCCUGCGUCCACUGUUUUACACAAUAAAGCAUUUUUCCAGGACUCCUGGGGGCCCCGGGGAGACAGGCGUCUCAGAGAAAAUGGGUCUGGGGGACGCAGACGUGGGAGGUCACGUCAGGAAGUCUGCGAGAAGGUGGGAUGUUGGCCGUGGAUGUGGGCCCCGGAGUUGAGGCGUGAG